AAACCAAGUGUCGGAAAAACCACACUCUUUCUCUGCUGAACGUGAUCGCUGUAGAGCUUCCUUUAAAUGUGCAACCAGCAGUGCGUGAUCGAUGAGCGUCAUCCGAACAUUUCGGUUCAAUGUGGCAAACAGUUAGUGAUUUUUUUGUGUACCUAAUCCACCAGCUAUGCUUUUACGACCAUAACAAUAACAGUAACGCCAGCGGCUGCGAUCAUAACUGCGACAGUAGCAACCACUAUCAUUACGGCUGCGGCGGUGAUCAUAUUCACAAUGGGUCGAUCAUAAGUCAGCGGUUAGAUGAUCGCAGCUCACAAAACGGCCGUCGCCGGUCUUCAUCGAUCAGUGGACUGAGCCGGGGCAGUCUUGCCGGUGCCAUCAUAAACGAUCGCGACAACCUAGACAUCAGUGCGGUGGCAAGCAGUUUACGCGAUUUCGGUGGCACCGGUGGUGGUUCGGCGGCGCUAGGUGCCGCCGUUACUGGACCUAUCGGUGGACCAGCAGCAACGGCAGCACCAGCAACUGGAUCUACAGGAGCUGCAGCAGGUGUCUCACGGCAGGGUAGUGAUGCACGGCGGGAGAUCAGUAACAGCGUGCAGGCUCAAAUCGAGCGCAUGUUUACGGACGUCGCAAAGGAGAACGGCAGCUCGGCCAGUGUACAAAGCUUCAGCGUGCGGUGUUUAGGAUCGCUGCCACUGAAAGAUAAGGUGACGAGUCUGGUUGGUCUUCAGGAGCCACUUCGGCAGCUGUACUUAAGCGGUGCAGGACACGGGACACAGACGGGAGGAUCGCUCGACAUCAGUCCGAUCGGGUUGCGUAUAAGGGCGGGCAGCGGUAAGGAACCGUCCGUGACGCCCUUUCAAAACAUUGCCGUUUGGUCAGCGGUAAAGUUUGUCGUAUCGGGGGCUGAAGGUGGUGCCGCCUUUCUGCCACUCAUCACCGAUCCGGAAAACAUCGAUAAGAGCUCAUUGUUUCGUCCGCUCAGUGCUGCGGAUAAGCGUCGGCUUUCAUCCGGCAUACAUUCGCCACUGUUUGCGAUCGUGAUGCGUUCCACGACCGUGCCACGCCAGCUAGAAUGCCACGGGUUCGUCUGCCAGACGCCGGAAGAUGCCAUUGUGAUUGCAGCAACGCUCUACCAAAGCCUGAUGGCCCACAUGAGCAGCGGCGAUAACCAGCGCCCUAAGCGUCCCAAGAAUCGAAACGGAGUUAGCUGUAUGAGCAUUGCGAGCAGCACUGUGACCACCAACACCCAUCUGCAGAGUGGCUCUACCAAGCUGUCCUCGCGGAGAUCAAGCGCCAGCCAGCGAAGCAUGCUACCACCACCACCGAGACCACCGCGCAUGAAGCGCAGCGCUACGAGCUCACUGAGCGGCGAAAGUGAUGCUGUAGCAGGCGCAAACGACGAUGAAUCGUCGACCGAGGAACGGCGGAAGAAAAAUGUCAAGAACAAGCGGCCACCCCCGAUUCCACCUAACCCACCGCGUGCAAUCUCUAACAGACCGAUGCUGGACGAGAUCUACACCGAUCGGAGCCAUUCGAACGACGAAAAUGGAAUUGCCGCUAAGGAAGGUCCGUACCCGGCGCUUACCGAUAACUCGACCGGAGACAUACUGACCAGGGUGGCCAUACCGCGCUCUGGCAGCUUCCUGAACACGGCCGGCCUAACAAGGUACAAAUCGCGUGCCACACGGCGGCACACGGGCAAGGUGGGUGGUGGGGGCGGUUCGCCGCUCGGGUUCAGUGAGCUGUUCAACGAGUUCCGGCUGCAGGAGAACCUGCACUCACUGGACGAGAUCCUGAAUGCCAUAAUCAACUCGGACGGUAUGUCGUUCAACGAUCUGAAACCGAUCUACAAGGAGUUUCUGCUCAAGCUCGCGGUUACGCUGACCAAGGACGAGCUGUACCAGCGCUCGAAGAGCAUCAUGCGCCGGCAGAAGAAGAAAAAGUUGAAGCGAAGAAACAGUAACGUACAGAACCAACGGCGAAAGCUUCUCAUUGGGGCGAAAGGUCUCAAGAAGGUGUUUCGGUUCGGUAAGUUUCGCAGCAAAAAAAGCACGGGCAGCAACACCGGAGGAGCUCAUGCAGGGGGCGGUCAUGGCGUCGGCAACGGGCGAACUGGUGGCCACGGAAACGGAGCUGCUGGAAACGGUGGUGCACACACAGCAGUCGGGCACCACGGUACGGCGACGAGUGGCCGGGUCCAUCAGCUCGCAGACCAGCUAUCACUGGAUCUUAAGGCGGCCGGAAAGAAGGACCGAUCACGAAUUGCAACUAGUGGUUCAGAAGUUUCAGACGCUCGACAUGAGCAUACACUGACCGCGCACAACAGGAACAGCUCGAGCGGCUAUGUCUCGUGUUCAGAGUGUAGCUACGAUUCGGAUGCCUGUACCUGUACCUCGGCCGAUCGGUGCUACUGCAGCUUAGGCGGUGACGACAUCAAUGCCAAACUGAACCAAGCUAGCAAUCGUAGCUCGGCACCAAGUUGCCGAAGUGAGGACAAAUGCUACUGCUCGAUGGGUGAGACACCGAACGAGGAAGGCUCGACAACCUGGUGCGACACGGACAGUUGCAUCAGCAACGAGAAGUGCUAUUGCUCCACGCGCCAUGGGCAGGUCGCUAAGUGCGCCAAUAGUGGAACUGCUGGGGUUCACAGCUCGUCCAAGCAUUGCAGCAACAAACCGGCUAAGGUGGACAAGUUGGCACUGGAUUACGAACUGUUCACUGUAGGUGGUAGUGGCCGUCCAGUCAAAGCCUCCGAGGCACUAAGCGUCAAGAAAACGGUUGAGGUCGCGGCCGAGUUUGCGGACGUAAAGCUUAGCCAGACGACAGACAUUACGAACCUGAAGGCGGACGCACAGUCGAGCGCCACAUCUGGCAGCUCGUCGCUAGCGUCCACCACAAAGAAGUCCAGUGACCAUCGGAACGCUUCCAGCCGCCAUCACGGCCAUAAUCACCAUCACACGCACAACCACCGCGAUCAGGAAAACGAUCAGAAGCGAUCAAACAGUGGACAGGUUGGGGCGACCAGCAAUAGUGGCAGCAACAAUAGUAAUCUUCACUACCACCGUCAUCACUACAGCACUAGCACGAAGAAAAAGGGUCUACCGAUGCAGCUUCCGGGCAGUGACUAUCAGUACAUUCACUCGACACAGUCGGAUCUGAUAGUGCGCAGCAGCAAGCAGGAGCUCAAGAACCCCAAACGUAUGACAAAGUCGGAGAGCUACUAUCAAGCUGGCCGACCGGUCAGCUCUUCGCUCGGGCUGGAAGAUUCGUUGGGUUAUCUGCCUUAGGGAUGUAACAGUGUGUUAUUUUUUUUAUUUUUUGGUUUUUUCGCUCACUCAAACACAAGUACGAUUUUUUUCCUGAAAGUAAACGGCGCAUCGAUCU